AGCACCGGCACCGGCCAUAGGCCCGGGCUCGGGCCCGGCAGCUUGGCGUACUGUAGCGUCAGUCCCCACCGUACCUGCCUAGGUAGGAAAGCUCCGAGUCUUCGGCCCUCUUUAAGUCGCGUCAAAGACAUUGAGAACAAUACAUAACACCGUACAGCAAAGAACAACACGACAGGUCCCAGUGCACAAAUUCACCGAUUUGAGAUCGAACUCGAGAAGACUUGUCAUCUCUCUGUACUCCAAAAUAUCAACACGCGACUGCCCAAACUCCUCACCCCCCGAAAAGUUCCUUCUCGAAGUAACUACUAUUUUCAAAACAAGAUCGCCCACCUCGUUCAAAAUGACCUCCGUAUCACCAGUUCGUCGAGUGCUCAGCGCCCUCGAUGCGAACACGCCCCUCAGUCGACCAGGCGCCCAAAGCCUCAAGACAAGCAAAAGCAGCAGUCCUACCAAGCCAGUCCAGAUGGCAGAAAUAAUACCGCAGGCAUCUUUAUCGGAGGCAACAAAUUACGCCUCGAUUGAUGAGGGGACUCCUGUUUUGGGCGCAAAAAGGAAGUCCUAUUCUCAAGAUGACACUACAUCAUAUGGCGCGGCCAAGAGACAUAAGGAGACUGCUGGCAUGGAAGAAGAUGCUGGAACAUAUAUGCAAGCGCAACUUUUCAGCAGUGAUGUUCAUGAGGUUCGUCAACAGUCUCAACCCCAAAGUGAAGGAGGAUUUCUGGGACAUUCUUAUGAUCUUGCAACGGCACCCUCCUCACCAACCUCCUCCUUUACCUCUCAAGAUAAUUCAGGACUGAAUGAUUCUCAAAAUACCACAGUCACCAUUCCAGAUGAAAUCCCUCUGCCUCCACGCCAUUCUCCACUAACGCGCGAGGAGCUUCGUCAGAAAGCUAGAGAGAUCAAACUUCGGCUCAGUCUUGCAAGCUACAAAGUUCGAACGAAUCAGAUUGAAAUUCCCAUAUCCCGUCUAGAAAUUCGAUCUUCUACCACAGCAUCCAGAACAUCCCCCUUUCCACCAAUCGCAACUCUUUCUUCGCAAAUUCAACAACUUUCUCGUCCAUCAAAUGCUCCACAAGUGCCAGAUAUCAAACUACAAACACCAUAUACAGAGAAGAACCUACCGCAACCAGUCACGAUACCAUCGUCACCCCCUUCCUGCAUCUUGACACCAGGGAAUGGCAAAAGGGUUGCAUCUCCAACUAAAAUAGUAGUUGACGUGACGCGUGAAGGAUUCGCGACCCCUUUAUUACCCAGACAACGACAAGGCGUGUUGAACCCUCCAUCUUUAUGCGGCAGUCCGAGUUGGGAAGAUAGAGGUAGCGAUUUGACAAGUAGUGUAGUCAAAGGACGAGCUGCGGAUGGGUUACUGAGCUUGAUGCACCAGUAUAAAUGAACGAGGUGAUCAUCGAAGGUCUUGUCACGAAGCUAUUGAUGUUCCUGUGUCAUGCGUCUUGAGGAUGUCUAAUAAUUCCUUCGUGUUGCAUGGUUGGGGCUUUUGUUGAGCCAACAGGGCAUUCUAAUGUGCAGAUAAGACAAGAAAAAUGGAAGGAUUUCAUCGAAUUAAAUAGGAUGAGUCGAUAAGGGCAAUUUCGGGGUUUGCCUAUGCUCUCUAGAAUAGAGCGGUGGUGAUCCAGCGAUGAACUGGCAAAUUUGCUUGGAAUGUUGCUAAAACAGACUUGCUACAAUAAUUAGACAUUCAAAGUGCGCGAUGCUUGGUUGGCUAAUCGCAUUGUGGAUGGAGAAUGCUCCCUAUUUUCAUAAUGGCAAAGUACUAACCAAAUGAUAAUGUGCACUUCAAGCAUAUAUGUUUGAGAAGGGGGUGGCAUCUACCCCAGCUGCCCAUGGUGUACCUCCCGUCCCCUUGGGGGCAUGCUACGCGACCCCUUUCAUCUCGCUUAAAUUAGCGACAUAAACACAGCGAGAUUGGAGAACUUCCCUCCCCUCAAAACAACAGCUAUCAUAUAAUAGCCACCUCGUAACUUGCAAAACCCACACCUUGAUGCAUCGGAUAUCAAUCCUAGUAACUGUCCAUUCUCGCCAGACACAUGGAUGGUUCAUUCGAUUGCUCACCUUCGGACAACUCAGAAUCCCUGUCCAAACAAGUGUGAUAGCAGGUAGGUUGAUACCUCACCUAGAUCGCCAGGAAGCCCUAGUACGGUUCGAGCUCGCGCGGAUGUGACGUCUUUGACUCUUUGAUGCGCAAACCUAUCUUUGCUGCAUGAUUACUUCAUCCGCACCUGUCAUUUGCAUGUCGUGGAAUUGUGCAUGGCGGUGGCAUUUGACAUGUCAUUUCUCAGCUGAAUGCGAGUGAGCGACUCUGGCACAAAUUCAUCGGAUCUGGCCAGAGACACAAACAAGGUCGUUAAAAAGCGAACCACAGAUCAGAGAAUUAAUAUUUGU